AUGAGUCAUAAAGCUCACAGGACUCAUUACUAUUUACAUAAAUAUAUAAUUAAAAAAAAAUAUUCACUACACAAAAUUCAUGCGAAUAAUAUUAUAUAUAUAUAUAUACAGAAUCCACUGAAGAGACGGAGCAUAUUGUAUAUCAAUCCAAUUUUUCUUCUAUUUUUAUAUUAUAAAUAAUUAUAUAUAUAGAAAAUAAAGAUUUGCUACACCAAUAUAAGCUAUAUGGGAAUUUAAUUAGCCAGACCUAAAAAUCCAUUCUUUUUUUCAAAUUCCUUCAAGAAUUGAUCAUCAUGGAGACUCCUAGGAAAAGAGUGUUUCCAGAUGUUGAGGUAGUUGAAAUUUCGCGACCUAUCAACUGGAGUACGAAGCCGAAGUCUGCUAAGCAAAAGGAGGUUAUUUGCCUUGAAGUAAUAGAUGUUGACGUGGAAGAUGUUGAGCGCUCUGAUGGAAAUGUAAACUUUAGUGGCAAAGGGAAGGAAAUUUUGGUUGGUGGUGGUAGUUCAGCUAAUAGUGGAACGGUCGAUGGGGUUCAGUCUUCAAAGAAGAAUCGCCUUUCAGCAUCUAGUAAUCCAAUUAUUAUAGAUGAUUUUGGUUCUGAUGUACUUGAUGAGCACAUGUACAUGUACUAUGAUGACGACUUAGACAACUAUGCUCUUUUGCAAUCACAUUUCGAUAACAUGGAUAUUCCAACUGGAGUCGAGGCUGCAAUCCCAUGGGUACCUGGUCCCCUUAAAGGCCAAAUGAUGUCAGCCACUACAAGUACUUCAGGAAGAGAUGUCUCGGGUGCGGUAAAGGGCCAGUCCACUUCGUUUAGCAGCUCGACUGUUGUUGGUCAGCCUACACCAUUUGGAUCAUCUUCGUCGUCUCCAGGACCUGCGUUAGGCGAGGGAAAAUUAGUCAUCGGAAGUUCGAAUGAGAAGUGGGGUACUAAGGGAGAAGGUAGUUCUGGUGCUACAGCGUCUAAAUUGUAUAACGAGUCAUUUACUCGUUAUGGAAAGAGAUUAGAUUCAUUGGGCGCUACAGCAUCUAAUGGUUGGGGCAGCCAAUCUACUGCCAACUGGUCUCCUUUCCUGAAAUUUCCCGUGGGACCUCCAGUUUCUGGGUGGAUGAACCCGUUACCUAAUCAAACCACUCCGAUUUCAGCAGGAAUUGCUCAUGCAUCAGGGGCUAACUAUUUCCGUCAGAGUUCGCAUAAAAGUGCAACAACUGCAGGAAGUCCUUCAAUUCCUUUGAGACUGAAUUCUAAUUUAGAAAAACUUAAAACUUUAGUUGAAGCGCAAAAGCUCAGUGAAGCAUCGGGGGCUUUGAUGAACUCUAUCCCUCAAAGUUUCCAUCAAAGUGCAACAACUGCAGGAAGUCUUUCAAUUCCUUCUGGACCGGUUUGUAACGGAGACAAUAUAAAUUUAGGUGAAACUCUGAAGAAAUACCGUCUUUUCAAAAAAUUUGAUACUGUUGAGGAUCAUUCGGACCAUUUUUAUUCUAAACAUGCUUCGGCAGGGAAAGUGGCUUCUAAGAAUUGGGCCAAGAAAAUACAGGACGAAUGGAAGAUACUGGAGAAAGAUCUGCCUGAUACAAUAUUCGUCAGGGUGUACGAAUCAAGAAUGGAUCUGUUGAGAGCCGUUAUCAUGGGUGCCGAUGGAACUCCAUAUCAUGAUGGCCUUUACUUCUUUGAUGUUUUCUUUCCAAGCAACUAUCCCAAUGUUCCGCCGCUUGUGCACUACCAUUCCUUUGGUCUUCGAAUCAAUCCUAAUUUGUAUAACUGUGGAAAAGUCUGCCUGAGUCUUCUUAACACUUGGAGUGGCCAAGGGAAAGAGAAAUGGAUCCCUCGUUCGUCGACUAUGUUACAAGUUUUGGUGUCCAUACAAGGGCUAAUUUUAAAUGCAAAGCCCUAUUUCAAUGAGCCUGGUUUUGCUGGCUCGGCCGGGACAGCCAGUGGGGAAAAAAGUUCACUGCAGUAUAAUGAGAACACUUUCAUUUUGAAUCUGAAAACAAUGGUCUUCUCCAUGCGUCGGCCACCACAGCAUUUUGAGGACUUUGUAUUAGGACAUUUCUUCCAACGAGCUCAAGAUAUUCUCGUGGCAUGUCAGACAUACAUGGAUGGUGCUCAAGUCGGUAGCCUUGUCUGGGGUGGUGUUCAAGACGUUGAUGAGGGCGACAAAAGCUGCUCACCAACGUUCAAGGCUUCAUUAGCCGCGUUCAUCAAGACAGUUAUAGAUACACUGAAAGAGAUUGGCGUUGGGGAUUGCGACAAGUUUCUUCACUUGGCACAACGAGGUACCGGAGUAGUAGCCCCCGUUGUUCCUGGUUAUGCCGCGGGCUAUUUCUUCGGUUAGAUGCUGACAUUGAGUUUUUUGACAAUAGGUGAAAGUUGAGACUAAUAUUGAUCAACUAUUUCAACUUUAAUUGGGUAAAAUAUGGUACAUUAUUAGCUUCAUAUUAGUUUUUGUUGAUUUGAUAAACAGCAAAAAGUAAGAGCUCAUUAUGGAAUAUGAUGAAUGAUGUGUUCAUCUGAUUUAUGAUAUGUAUAUAUAUAUAGGCUGAUUAUUCUUGUUUUCUCUCUUUCA